AUGGCUUUCUUGCUUCAUGGUGAUGUGCCUGUCGAAAGUUCUCUUCUGUGCAACAAUCAAAGUGUGAAUGAAGAACCUGGGAGCCCUCAGCAGCCGAGACUUCAAAAGCAGCCACACCCACUGGAGCAGAAACCAAAGAAGAAACGGCAGGAGGCAACACUGGAAGCCAGGCCCAAAAAAACCAGAGUGAAAAAGCCAGAAGAUUCAAGCCCUGCAGAGGAGCCCAGUGUGCCCCCUCAAGCUGCUGUCAAAAAAGUGAGGAAGAAGAAAGAGGGGAAGCCUGAAGAAGAGAGCGAGAAGGAUCCAUAUGCCAAAUUCAUUAAAGAGCCCAGAAAAAAGAAGGAAAACCCCUCUUCGCAUUUCAAUGUGGCCAAGACACCAAAGAAGAAACCAGAAAACUCUGAAGAAGAUGAUGAUGAAGAGGAGGAGGAGGAAGAGGUAGAAAGUGAAGAUCCACCAAAAAAGCCAAAAAAGAAGAUCCAGAAAGACACUCAAUCUGGUGAAAUUAAGGAAAGGAAGCCCAAAAGUAAAGGAGACAAAGCUGAACCUGAUGCCAAAGCCAAAGCUACAAAGACAUUGAAGAAGGAGCCACCCUCUGUGUUCCAAGUGAAUGGGGACAAGAAAGACAAAAAAGUAAAAAAGAAAGAUGUCAAAAAUAGUGAGGGAGACGAAGAUUCCGAUUCCAGCACCAAGCCAACAAAAACUGAGAAAAAGAAGAGCACAGGUUCAAUGUUUCAUGCUGGAGGAGAAGGCGCCAAGGAGAAGAAAACUAAAAAGAAAGCUCCCCACAAAGCCACUGAAAAUGAAAGUGAGGAAGAAGCCCCAGAAACGGCUCAGAAGAACACCAACAGGAAAGGAAAGGCGAAGAAGUCCAAGAAGAAGGAAGAAAGACCACCUUCCCCAGUCAUUGAAGUGGACAAUCUGGAGGAUUUUGUGCUGCAGCCAGCUCCUCAGGGGGUGACCGUCAAGUGCCGGGUCACUCGAGAUAAGAAGGGGAUGGAUCGGGGCCUCUAUCCUACUUACUACCUUCACCUCGAUAAUGACAAAAAGGUCUUCCUGCUGGCUGGUCGGAAGCGCAAGAAAAGCAAGACCUCUAAUUACCUCGUUUCUGUUGAUCCCACUGACCUGUCUCGAGUUGGAGAUAACUUCAUUGGAAAGCUGAGGUCCAAUUUGAUGGGCACUCGGUUUUCGGUGUUUGACAACGGUGUAAAUCCUGACAGAGCAAAUGCUGAUUGGUCAAACGUGCGCCAGGAACUUGCAGCUGUUAUUUAUGAGACAAAUGUAUUAGGGUUCAAAGGACCUCGAAAAAUGACAGUGGUCAUUCCCGGAAUGAAUUCUGACAAUGAGAGGGUGCCAAUUCGACCCCGAAAUGAUAAUGAUGGGCUGCUCAUGAGGUGGCAGAAUAAAUUCAUGGACAACUUAAUCGAACUGCAUAACAAAUCCCCAGUGUGGAAUGAUGAGACCCAGUCCUACGUGCUGAACUUCCACGGCAGAGUGACUCAUGCCUCUGUGAAGAACUUCCAGAUUGUGCACGGCAAUGACCCUGACUACAUCGUCUUGCAGUUUGGCCGUGUGGCUGAUGAUGCUUUUACCAUGGACUACAACUACCCGCUUUGUGCUGUGCAGGCCUUUGCCAUUGCCCUGUCCAGCUUUGAUGGGAAGCUGGCCUGCGAAUAG